UUUUUUAGACACUUUUUUUGCUUCAGAAAAUUUUUUUUCCCAGCAAAUUUUAAUUCAAUUUUAACCUUUAUUCUUUUCAAAAAAUGCAUGUUCAAGGAGGAGAAAAUGUUAAUACUUUUGACAUUCGAAUUUUCUUUUCCAAUGGUGCAGCUGUCCAAGCUGUUUUUGAAAAAAAUUCUACAGCAAAUGAUUUGAUCCAUUUAAUGAUUAAACACUUGGAAAUUGACGAUAUUAGUGAUGGGGAAGAAGCUUUGGCUAUUUGGCUUGUUUCUCCUCUUUUAGAAAUUCAACUUAAACCCUGUCAAAUUCUCUACAAAAUUUACCAAAAAUGGCCAGCAUUUUUGACUCGUUUUACAAACGCUGAAGACCAUGAAAUUUUACUUGACGAACCUUUAAUAGUUUUGAGAAGAAAUGUUUUGUUGACUUUGGACAGAGAAAUACAGUUAACAACAAAAUAUGAAAAAUUAGCCCAAGUUUUAUAUUUUGAUGCUAGAGACAAAUAUUUGUGUGGAAAAUAUUCUGUGGACAUUGAAUCUUCUUUAGAAUUGGUUGGACUUCAAUUGGCUAUUGAAUUUGGGCCUUGUAAUGGAAAUUAUAAUAAAAUGAUUGACUUGAUUUAG